UGAAUGAGAAAUUACUCUACUGGAACAACAUUCUUCUCCACCUCUCAACAUUCUCUAAACAUUCUCUUCUUCGUCCCUGGAACAACUUAUGAGUUGUAAAUUAUAAUGAUGAGUCAUUAUUAUGACAUAAUGAGCGGUUAACCGCAAUUUCUUUAUUUUUUGGAGAAAUGCAAAAAUAUCUAAAUAAGAAAAUUUAGAUGCAAAAUCAUGAGGCCAUGGAUUUGGUCUCCGUUCUCAGCUUUCUAUGCAAUAACGGAUUAAUCCACCGGCUCACAAACGUCAUUUUCCGGUGGUUGAUCGGAAAAUCACCCUUUUAGUUUUCUUCUUUCCAAUCCAAUCGAUAAAUUUUCUCAACAUCAUCUUAGUCGGAACAAUCCACAGGGGUAAAACUUGAGCUUUGAGCAAUGGCUUCGCUAUCGGCAAUAAGCGUAGAGUUGGCAGAAAUUGAGGGGCAGAUUUCGGAUAAAUUUCGAGCUCUCUCGAAUGGGUUUCAGAAGUUGGAGAAGAUCAAGGACACCAAUAGGCAGAGCAGGCAACUGGAGGACCUGACUAAUAAUAUGCGAGAAUGUAAAAGGCUUAUUAAAGACUUUGAUACAGAAGUAAAGGAUUUAAAGUUUCAGAAUGAUGCCAAGACAAACAAGAUUCUGAAUGAGAAAAAGCAAGAUAUGGUGUGCAGACAUUUCAAAAUGUUUAGUUUGACUUAGUAGCCCCAAUUUGUCUUUUCCUCCACCCCAAACUGAUCUCCAUAUAUGCAGAUCAAAGAGCUGAACUCAUAUGUUGCUAUGAAAAAAAAGUAUGUGCUUUUUGCGUACAUCAUUGGGUGUCCUUUAUUGUUUAUUCCUUUUUUGUAGUAUUACAUUUAUGCGUGCAGUGUGCCACCAUGCCUUUUGACUUGCACAUCUUUCUAGAAAACAUUCGUUUCCAAAAAAUGAGAAGCAUGGCCGAUCCUAUGCACAAGCUGCUCAAACAAUUGCAUCGGGCCACACAAUUUUGAAAAACAGAAGCCACAAUUAUAUGUGUGUCAUACAUAUGCUAUAGUCAUCUUCCUAUGAUAUUUUUAUUAAAUAUUAUGUGUUAUCAUAUAUAGAACUAUCUAAUUUUAAAUUGAUGCCUUAAAGACACCAUUAAACUCUUUCAAAGAACAUUAUGCAUCAUAGUCUCAGUUUCAGAACAACUAAUACAGAACUAAACAAAAAACGGUGAACAUCAAAGUAGUGAGAUAUGCAAUCAAUCUUGAAAACAAGCGUGUAGAUCUAUUUGAAGACCCUGUAGAAGCUUCUACUGAAGAAAAUGUCUUGCUAGCUUCAGCUAAUAGAUCAUGGGAAUCAAAUGAUGGACGAGACAGAUCAGGCCAUAGAUAGAGCACAAAAGGUGGUCCAGGAGACCAUUAAUGUUGGAACAGAAACUGCGGCAACACUCAAGGAGCAGACAGAACAAAUGAGUAGGAUUGUUAAUGAGCUGGACACGAUUCACUUCUCUAUGAAGAAGGCUUCCAAGCUUGUCAAGGAACUUGGUAGGCAGGUUGCAACUGACCGUUGUAUUAUGGCAAUGCUUUCCAUGAUUGUGCUGGGGGUCAUCGCAAUAAUUAUUGUGAAGUUCUCAUUUUUCCAGAUGGUUAACCCCAAUAACAAAGACAUUCGAGACAUUCCGGGGUUAGCUCCUCCCAUUCCCAAUAGAAGAUUACUUUGGCAUCAUAAUUGAAGCGGGCAUCAAAUUGUUACUUGAGUAUAUGUUGAUGUUUGGCAUUUCAAGUUUACUUUAUCUUUUGACAUUGUUCAAUGUUCCAUGCUCCUGCCCUUGAUGUCCUAACUCUUAACAAAGGCUAGACGGAGAAGUCUACAAAAACAUAGGUUUAAUGGCCAAACCUCCCUGUGAUAUAUAAAUUUGGCGCAUUAACCCGUGUGAUUUAAAAAUGCGUCAAACUCUCGUAUUAUAAUUAUUCAUGCACACAACCCCCUGUAGACAAAUUUAACUUUCAAAUAAAUGGAAAAUGAUUACUCCGUAUUAUUUUUUGCAUGAUUUAGAGAUUUUGACAAAUUUACUUGCAUAUUCAAUCAUAAUAUUAAGACACAUGAUUUCCAAAUUGUUAAACUAUUCUUAGAUGGAAAUCUGUGCAUGAAUACUUACAACAUAUGGGAGUUUGACACAAUUUUUAGAUCAUAUGGGCUAAUGUGCUAAAUUUAUAUAUUACAAGAGAGUUUUGUGCAUUAAACCCACCAAAACAUGUCUUUGAUCUUCUACUUUAACUUACCGAUGAUACAAUAUUAUUGUAGCUAUUGUCAUCCCUAAUUCUCUAUAGAGCAUUUCAUAUCAUAUGCCAAUGUAGGUUUGAAUUUGUGGUGCAUAUGAUAAGAAACAUAUGUAUCCUUAUGCUGAUAGACAUCAGCGUUCUAUGAAUGUACAACCAGAUCACGUUAAUCUUG